UCACAUGACCGAGCUAUUUGAUUUCAGAGCAGGCAGCGCUUUCCCGAGAAGACGGAAACGAACAUAUCUUUACGUUAACCAGCUUUUACAAAAUGUUUUUUCCCCCCAUAUCGUUACAGGUGUUCACAUUAUGAAUUAGCUGUUUACAUCAGCGCACCCAAGUUGUCGUCUCAGGUUGUCAUCGAGCUAAAGACUGUAAGCCACCAUGAGUCCAGAAGGAAAGACCCUGCUCAACAUCAUUGUCCUGGGCUUGGGCUUCAUGGUUAUGUUUACUGCCUUUGGCACAUGCGGGAAUAUUGAACAAACCGUGAUAAAGAGUUUCAACAGCACAGAGUUUCAUGGAAGUGGCUACACAAGCAUGGCGAUUAUCUACGCCGUGUUCUCUGCCUCGAACCUCAUAGCGCCCUCAGUGAUAGCUGUCAUUGGACCUCAGUUGUCUUUGUUUUUUAGUGGACUUGUUUAUAGUGGUUAUAUUGCUGUUUUCAUUCAUCCGUACACCUCGUCGUUCUACACUUUAUCUGUGUUGCUUGGAAUCGCUGCUGCAGUGCUCUGGACGGCCCAAGGGAAUCUGCUCACCAUCAACUCCAAAGACUCCACCAUUGGAAGAAACAGUGGAAUAUUUUGGGCAUUGAUGCAGUUUAGCUUGUUCUUUGGGAAUCUCUACAUAUUUGUUGCGUGGCGUGGCAAGAGUCACAUAACUGAUAAGGACCGCCAGACGGUUUUCAUCACACUAACGGUCAUCAGCCUGGUGGGCAACUUCCUUUUUUUCCUGAUCCAGCGUCCAGACCCAGAACCUGCUCCUACUGAUGCCUCUGAGUCACUACUACCAGCAGACAUCUCUGAUAGUAGCUCUGUGGUUCCAUCCCAGAGUCUGUGCUCUCAGGCAUUUGAGGCAUUCAAGAGAUCCAUUCAGCUAGCUGUGACCAAAGAGAUGCUUCUACUGAGCAUACCCUUUGCAUACUCUGGUCUCGAGCUCACCUUUUACAGUGGGGUGUAUGGGACAUGUUUAGGGGCCAUGUCUCAGUUUGGACAUGACGCCAAGGGUCUUAUCGGCCUCUCUGGAAUUUUGAUUGGUGUUGGUGAAAUACUUGGAGGAGGAGUAUUUGGGAUCCUGGAUAAGUGUAAUCGUUUUGGCAGAAACCCAGUGGUGUUUUUGGGGCUGUUUACCCAUAUUGUGUCAUUUUACCUCAUCUUCCUCAACAUAGCCAGUGAUGCUCCUGUGGCCCCAGAGGAAGGCACACAAAUGCAAGCUUUUAUCCAACCCAGUGUGACUGUGGCGCUAAUAUGCAGUUUCCUGCUGGGUCUGGGUGAUAGUUGUUUCAACACUCAGCUCAUCAGCAUUGUGGGCUUCUUGUUCCGGGACGACAGUGCCUCAGCGUUUGCCGUCUUUAAAUUUGUACAGUCCAUCACAGCUGCGGUGGCCUUCUUCUACAGCAACUACCUUCUCCUCCACUGGCAGCUGCUCAUCAUGGUGCUGAUGGGCUUCAUGGGCACCAUUACUUUCUUUGUGGUGGAGUGGGGCGUUAUCAGCAGACAGCGGGACUCUGAUUAUGACAGUAUCUGAUAGGACUGAAGUGCCAGAACUCCUCUCCAGCCAUCAGCAUCAGCGUGCAGAUCUACAAACCAUCUUCAACAGCUAUUUCCCUCUUUGGUUUAGCUUCAAGUCCAUCUAGUCCAUGUAUCCAUGAUCCUUUUCAAGUGAAUGGGCUGUGUAGACUCUAUUCUUUACAUGCACUUACCACACGUGUACUCCUCCGAUGGGAUCAAGAAUCAAGUGCUAUAAUGCAAUAAAAGGUUUGUUCACAUUUUUCACUUUUCACAUAGCAUUAUACUGUGCAAAAAGAAUCCUGUAACUAUGGUCUCAUUAUCUUUCCACCAAUGCUCAUUUUCUUGAACAUUAAACAAGAUGCUGUAGGAAUAAUUCA